AGGGCAAGAUCUAAAGAUACUGAGAUGGCCUUAACACAUCUGGGACUAAAUGUUGGUUUCUAUUAUCAGUCCUAGGAAAUCGUCUAUGCAGCAGUCCUCCUGAAAACUGUGUUCAAUUAAGGGUUAGGUUUCUUCCAACUGCUACAAAAUGUAUUCACGACAUAUUUAAAAAACAAAACAAAAGCUGCCCUUGCUUUUGACCACAAAUUGGGGACUUUCUGUCAUUCGUGAAGUGCCUGAAAACAUGAUCCUAUUUUCAUUUAGCUAUUUCUACGAGGCUUGAAAAGUUAAAAGGUUGCAAAUAACGAGCCCUACUGUUUCAUGCUACCCGUAUUUUAACAAUUCCCUCCAAGAAGGAUAUAUAUUUCAAGGUGCCAGUUUUUAAAAAUCGACUCCAGGUCUCCACGAGGCAUCUCACACAAAGUGAAAAGACACACAACCCCCGCAGCCUGUUGCUGUAUUGUCUUUCUAAAGGGGGGAGGGCGAGAAACUAUGGUAAAAUGCCCGAACGCUGCAGCAAGCAAACAGAGGACAGGACAGUGGGCGGGCGUUCCUUCGGCGAGGGUGCCACUUGUGAGCGGUAACGAGGCAGAGCAAGGGCUUGCUCAUCUCUCCCGAGGACACCACAGGGACCGCUAUCCCUACCUACUCCUAAACGGCGGCUUCCCGGGCCCAUUUGGGGUCACCCAAGAGCUCCUGAGGCAAAAGAGCAUCAGGCUCAGCUCUCACCAGGGCUGGGAACCCUGACACGCCAGCGUCUGGGAGGGGCGGGGAAGGGACAGGGCGUCUUCAGCCCCGAUUCCAGUGGGGAGGAAUGGAAAAGAGGAAGCGGUCGGCGGAACAAAGAGGUCACGAUUCACCAGCAGCCGAGCCUCUCGCGCGCACCUUCGUGGCACUGCGAAUGCACGCAAAUCACCGCCUCGGGGCAGAGCGCCAGAGCCGAGGAGCAUGCAGAUCUCUCGAGUCCAGUCCGGCCCUUACGGGGUCACGAACUAUCCGGUAGCACCCAGGCAUCUCCAUUCUGACUCCGGCACAGGGAAGUUUGAAAACAAUCCCUUCACAUCUGGCUCCAGCUCGGCCCCACCGCUCGCUGGAACCCAGAGCGGCGGCUGGACCACGCCUCAACCGAGCUUGGUCCUUUCCUUUGGUCCCGCCCCCACUGCUCAGCGCGGAUUGGUGGCGGGGAGCAGCCCUGGCGCUGAUUGAGCCGCGGAGGAGUCGCUCGUGCAGACUAUAGUUCGGGUGCCCCAGGGUGCUAAAUUUAUCUUCAGACAAGCGACCGCGCCAGCCGCGAAUCGGAUCGCUAUGGAGGUGGCAUAGGCGAUGUCCCUGAGCUGAGAGCAUCACCCUGUCCCCGAAUCCUUCUUUUCUCUGUUUUGCUUUUCGUUCCCCCCGCCUCCCUCCUCACUCCAGUCCGCGACGACUGGCUCUUGACCCUGUUCAGGCCUCGGCGAAGGCUAUUGGCUACUCCCCUUCCAACCCAUCCCUUAAUUUUAUUCUUUUGAAGAGUCUGCAUUUCAAGCUGCCAAGGUGGAGAGUGAUUGCAGAAGGGAGUACUCCUCAUUUCAGCUUUUAUUUUUAUGUGAUAAUCUACCUUUAAGAAAAGGUGUGCCAUACCUGAGAGCACCAGGAAGUCGCAUGAGAGAUCACCUGAUACACGAACGUGUGAUGUCCCAUCUGCGCAUUGAUGCAUAGGCAGCAUUUACAAAUUAACUGAUGUGUUUGUAUAUAUCAUCCCUUUGAUGAUUGCACGUCUCCUAUGUAUCCUGUCUUAUAAUUUCAACACAUUUGUGAUACUCAAUGUUUAUUCUAAACUAACCAUGUUUUGUACCUCAAAUACAUUGCCUAUGGAUCUAUUGCUGAAACAAGGAAGUCUUAAACAAGAAGUAGAAUCUUUUUGUUAUCAAAUUGUGUCUGAAUCAAAUGAUCAAAAAGUUGGAAUAUUACAAAGUGAAGAUGAAGAGUUGCAGCCUUCAGUUUCUAAAAAAUCAGAAGGUGAGCUCGCCAGGGUUAAAUUUAUGUCCAGUUCCAACAAAAUAACAACAUUUAGUAAGAAACCAAAAAGAAGAAAAUAUGAUGAAAGUUAUUUGUCUUUUGGAUUUACUUACUUUGGAAAUAGAGAUGCACCUCAUGCUCAGUGUGUGUUAUGUAAGAAAAUUUUAUCAAAUAGCUCUUUGGCCCCUAGUAAACUUCGAAGACAUUUGGAAACUAAACAUGCUGCAUAUAAAGACAAAGACAUAAGUUUUUUCAAGCAACAUCUUGAUUCACCUGAAAAUAAUAAACCCCCAACACCUAAAAUUAUCAAUACAGAUAAUGAAAGUGCUACAGAGGCAUCAUACAAUGUAAGUUACCAUAUAGCCCUGAGUGGCGAGGCUCAUACCAUUGGAGAAUUGCUUAUCAAGCCUUGUGCAAAAGAUGUCGUGAUGCGGAUGUUUGAUGAACAAUACAGUAAAAAAAUAGAUGCAGUGCAACUAUCAAACAGUACUGUUGCACGUCGAAUUAAGGAUCUAGCUGCUGAUAUUGAAGAAGAGCUUGUUUGUAGACUGAAAAUCUGUGAUGGGUUUUCACUACAGUUAGAUGAAUCAGCUGAUGUUUCAGGACUUGCUGUGCUGCUUGUGUUUGUUCGCUAUCGGUUUAAUAAGUCUAUUGAGGAAGACCUACUCUUAUGUGAAUCUUUGCAAAGUAAUGCUACUGGUAAAGAAAUUUUCAACUGCAUCAACAAUUUUAUGCAGAAACAUGAUAUUGAAUGGGAAAAAUGUGUUGAUGUUUGUAGUGAUGCUUCUAGGGCAAUGGAUGGGAAAAUUGCUGAGGCUGUCACCUUGAUAAAGUAUGUGGCUCCCGAAAGUACCAGUAGUCACUGCCUAUUGUAUAGACAUGCACUAGCAGUUCAAAUAAUGCCUACAUCUCUGAAAAAUGUGCUAGAUCAGGCAGUACAAAUCAUCAAUUAUAUUAAAGCUCGACCACAUCAAUCCAGACUACUAAAAAUUUUAUGUGAAGAAAUGGGUGCCCAGCACACAGCACUUCUUCUAAACACAGAAGUGAGGUGGCUUUCCCGAGGUAAAGUUCUGGUAAGACUUUUUGAGCUUCGUCGUGAGCUAUUGGUUUUCAUGGAUUCUGCUUUUCGGCUAUCUGAUUGUUUAACAAAUUCAUCUUGGCUGCUAAGACUUGCAUAUCUUGCAGAUGUUUUUACUAAGUUAAAUGAGGUUAAUCUGUCAAUGCAAGGAAAAAAUGUGACAGUAUUUACAGUAUUUGAUAAAAUGUCAUCAUUGUUAAGAAAAUUAGAGUUUUGGGCCUCAUCUGUAGAAGAAGAAAACUUUGAUUGUUUUCCUACGCUUAGUGACUUUUUGACUGAAAUUAAUUCUACAGUUGAUCAAGAUAUUUGCAGUGCUAUUGUGCAGCACCUAAGGGGUUUGCGCUCUACUCUGUUAAAAUAUUUUCCUGUAACAAAUGACAGUAAUGCUUGGGUUAGAAAUCCAUUUACAGUAACUGUUAAACCAGCCUCGUUAGUAGCACGGGACUACGAGAGUCUGAUUGAUUUAACAUCUGAUUCUCAAGUGAAACAAAAUUUCAGUGAACUUUCCCUAAAUGAUUUUUGGAGUAGCCUAAUUCAAGAGUACCCAAGCAUUGCGAUGCGUGCGGUUCGUGUACUUCUUCCUUUUGCUACAAUGCACCUGUGUGAAACAGGAUUUUCAUAUUAUGCUGCAACCAAAACGAAAUAUAGGAAAAGACUUGAUGCUGCACCUCAUAUGCGGAUCCGACUAAGCAACAUUACACCUAAUAUUAAGCGGAUAUGUGAUAAAAAGACACAAAAACACUGUUCUCAUUAAAAUGGAAGGGUUUUGCAUGUCUCUUGAUAACCAAAUAUAAGAUGGAAAUAAAAGAUGUUUUACUUUA